AUGUCCUUGGGUCAGCAUAGAGGCGAACAACGUGAUGAUAUGGAAUUUGCAGAAAAUAACAAACCUCUAUUCACAGUUUAUCUUUAUUUCUUUGUGCAGUCUUUGUUUCUCUUCCCAAUAAUUUUUUCUAUUAUAUUUUUCUUUUUUUUCUUUCUUUCUUUCGUUUUUUCUGUUUUUCUUUCUUUCUUUGGUCGUCUGACUUGCUUUAUCUUCCCUACAUUAUUUUUUUUCUUUUUGUCGUCUAUCUUGCUUUAUCUUAAUGUUAUUUUUUUUCUUUCUUUCUUUGUGUCUUCUCUUUGUCUUCUCAAUAUUUGUUUUCUUUCUUUUUUUUCUAUCUGUCGUCUAUUUUGCUUUAUCUUUCCUACAUUAAAUUCUUUCUUUCUUUUUUUCUUUCUGUCGUCUAUCUUGCUUUAUCUUUCCUACAUUAAAUUCUUUCUUUCUUUUUUCUAUCUGUCGUCUAUCUUGCUUUAUCUUUCCUACAUUAAAUUCUAUCUUUCUUUUUUUCUUUCUGUCCUUAUUUUUGUUUGUUUCUUUAUUUGUGCCGUUUUCCUGUUUUUCUUCGAAAUAUUUCUUUCUUUCUUUUUUGUGUCGUCUAUCUUUGUAUUUUUUGUUUUGUCUUCAAUGUCAUUUUUUUGUUUCUUUCUUUCAUUGUGUCGUCUGUUUUUCUUCCCAGUACUUUUUUUCUCUUUCGAAUCACACAUUCUUUCCCUUCUUAUUCCUUGUUUCUCAUUUCCUUCUACUUCAUCCUCCCCUGUACAACGACAUAUUUCUUUGUUUGCUUUUCUUUUAUGCCCGCCAUAUUUUUUUCUGCUUUUUCAUUCUUCUGUUCAAAUGGACGUUCAUCUGAAUGUUGAGCUUUAUUCUAUUUCUUAUUUUUCAUCUUGA